AUGUCAUCGUUAGCAUCUCUGGUUCCAUUUGAAUGGUUUGAAAUCCACAGUAAUUCUCGUUCACCUCAACUUCGUGUUGGUCAUUCAAGUACAUUUACUCGUUCAUCAUCGAAUAUUUAUAUAAUUGGUGGUGCAAACCCAUCGGAAUGUUUUGCUGAUAUUCAUUCACUUUCAUUACCAUCAAAGACAUCUGAUUCAUUUGUUUGGACAAAACUGAUUGGUGACGAUCCAGCUCUUCGACGUUAUGAGCAUUCAGCUGCUUUAUCAUCCAACAAUAAUGAAGAAAUUAUAAUUUUUGGUGGUGCUAAUACAGAAAAGAACUUUAAUGAUGUUCAUGUAUAUAAUAUUUCAACGAAGACAAUCGAUAAUUGGACACCAAACGAUAAUAAAUUAGUAUCACCGCGAACUCAUCAUUCUAGUUGUUGCAUUCAAAAUGGUUUAUAUAUAUUCAGCGGUGGUUUUCAAGGUGUUAAAGCAGUUGAUGAUGCCGAAUUAUAUCGAUUUGAUUUAGUCUCUCGGACGUGGUCAUGUGUACCAGCACAUGGUUCUCCGCCUGAACAACGGCAUGGUCAUUGCUUAUUAUCGCUUGGUAAUACUCGUCUUUAUCUUCAUGGUGGUAUGGAUGGAAGAACUUUUUUUUCAUCACUUUAUUCCAUCGAUAUUAAUGAAAAGCCACCAAGAUGGAAAGAGCACUCAUCAUCAUCAUCAUCAUCAUCAUGUCCAAUGCCUAGAGCAGCACAUGGUGGAGUUUCGAUUGAAGAUACAUCAACAUUAUUUAUUUUUGGUGGGCUGUCACGUAGUGGUCAAGCAUUGAAUGAUACUUGGUCAUGGUGUGCAAGUAAUGAACAAUGGACAGAAAUUCUGUGUCGAUCUUUGCCAAGAUCUCGACUUGAUUUUGCAUAUUGCCUUGUCGAAUUCAUAAAUAAUGAACAAGAACCAAAAAAAUCUAUACCCUACAUGUUUAUUCAUGGUGGCACAGAUACACAAGGAGAAGUUUUUGAUGAUUGUUUUUUGUUAAGAUUAACAUUUGAUAAUGAUCAAUAA